AUGUACAGCUCAUCAAGACCAACAUCAUCAGACCAACAACCACAAUCAAUGGAGCUUGGAAAGUAUGAGAACAAACGUCUCAAUAAAGUGAUGGGUAUGGUCGAAUUGCAUUCGAAAAACCCAGAUAACGGUGUCAUCCGGGUGGAUCUCAAGAUUCUCCUUCAGAAACUGUUUGGAAAGUUGAACCAAUACGAGAUACCAGCCGAAAAUGCGUUUCUCGUGGGAGGCGGAGCGUCAUACGUCCUUAACCCUCGAUGUUCGUACUCCGACAUUGACAUUUCCAUUCCAGUCAGCUUGUCGAACACCUACAAGUCAGCUCGAACAAUAUUUGCUUUCAUUAUGAAAGCUGUUCUUGAGCUUAUCCAAGAGCUGAGCCACGCAGUCCGCGACCCGAUGUCUUAUCUCCAAAAAGCGAUUCGAAUCGAGCAAAAUGUGAGAACCAAUUACUGGUCUCUAUUCGCGCUUCGAAAUGAAGAAGGGCGCCACGUUGAGUUGAAGUUUGUGCUCUCAAUUCCCCGAGAGUUCAUCUUCUUCUCCGACUCCAUCGAGAUUGAUUUGACCAACUUCGCCAAAAAGAACUGCGUCACAAAAGAGAAGAAAUCAGAAAAAGAAAAUCAUGUGCCAAUCGCAAUUGGAAGCAACCAGAAAGCCGAAGAUGCAGAACCAACUGGUUCGGACGACGAGAAAAAGGAGUAUCUCCCUUCGAGAAUCUCCUCGUCAUACAAAGAUCUGAGAAAGGCUGUCUCGGAUGUAAAAAGCAGAAGAAUCGACACCGUGGAACCGAACAUGAUUCGUGGAGGAGGAUUUCUGAAAUAUGCCCAUCUGAAGACAAAGGGAUUCGUGGAUUCACGAGAUGGACAGGAUCUUGAAAAACUUCUCGAAGGAAUGGUAUCGGGAUUCCUUUCGGAAUUCAACGAAAGUAAGUAUGAUGUCCUUUCACAAUAUAUGAGGAACCACUUUGAUACUCAUCACUUCCCAAAGAAGUUCAAGUUUCUUGAUGAACUCAGAAGCUUGUGUUGCCACUUGGAGAAGUUCAACAUCAAAGAUGCAAUGGAAACUCGCAUCGAAAGAAUUCAUGAGGAAGAGCUCGGAAAAAUGGCCAUCUUGAGAGCGACAAAUCGUCACGCCAUUGUCAUGCCGCUUCUCGAUGCCGACGAUGGCUUCGACUACUCUAGCGAUGCAGCUCACCCAUUUUUCCCAUACCUUUAUGCCAUUAACUGGAAAUUCCCAUUCUUUUUAUUCUGA